GCCGCCGCCGCCCCGCCGCCCCAGGGCUCCCGAGGGCACUGUUCCAGACACCGCCUUCGGUGCCCAAGUGCACGUCUCCGUCCCCAAGCCCCGGGAACAUCCGCCCUCUGGGGGAAAGGACGAUUUGCGGGAGCCGAGACGAUGCUUAAGGCCCAAGGAGAACCAUUUCCUGCAGCAUCCGAACUGUAAUCGACGACAGUCAGGGGGCAGACAUGCUCCAGGCAGGUGAACUGCAGUCUUUGCACGGAGACAGCACGGAGGAGCCCUCGCAGCUGGCCACCCUGGCCCUGUCAGGUGACGAAGAACCCAGCGAAAAUAACUCGAGCGGUGUCCCCGAAAAAACUGGAUAUCCGGACCCCGUUUACAUUAUGGCAGCGAACAUUUUUCAGGGUAUUCGAGUCGAAAAGUCACCAGAGAAAGUCUUAAUAAAGUAUGGGAACGAACCCCUGCGAUCCUUGCCCGAUGAGGCCGGGGAUGAAUUCUUUCAGCGUUUGUCCUAUGAGCUGGCCUUCAGUACCCUGAAGUAUCAAGAUAUUUUGGAAACUCUAUUAAUAGAUAGCUGUAUCUUUCCAAGUACUACAAUACCAGAUCAUUUGAGCAGUCUAAUUAUUGUGAUGCUAUAUGAUUUCCAAGAUAGAAAAUUUCAAGCUCGUCUCCUUUCUGAUAAUGAAGAGUCCAUAGCGGAAGUUGAAGAAGUAGAGAACCUUCUUAACAGUUUUAAGACAAAAUUGGCUGCGUCAUUGGCAAGAUGUCGAAUCAAACAUGAUGCCCUUUCAAUUUACCACAUUCUUCCAGAAACAGUUAGGAACCAGGAACUAAGGGCCUCCACUUUGCCACUGUAUGCUUGGAUAAAUACUUGUAAAAUCAGCCCUGAAGAAGUUUAUCAUAGUUUGAAGAAAAAAGGCUACAGUAAAGUCAAAUCUGCAUUGCACAUCAGUGGUAAAGCCUUUGCUGUGGACCAGCAUUGCUAUGAUGUCUUAAUUUUUCCAUCUCAUCUUAAAAGUGAUCUUCUAAAUAUAGAUCUCUUCAAAGAGUAUAAACUGAUAUUUCAGGACAAAUCUCGAAGUCUUGCUGUCCAUUCUGUAAAGGCUUUAUUAAAUAUGGAUGAUGAUAUCUUAAUGGUCAAUACAGGUUCAUGGUACACAGUUGCCCAUAUGUCAAUCUUAACAAAUAAUAAUAACUCAAAAAUAUUUGUGUGUGGAGUACAAUCACAAGCUAAGCAUCCUGACCUGAAGAACCUUUUCAUAAAUAUGGGAUGUAAAAAUAUUGAAAUACUUCAUGAGACAUUUCUGAACAUUGAAUCAAAGGAUACUAGAUUACAGAAAGUUAAAGCCAUUCUGCUGCUACCGCGGUGUUCUGGACUGGGUAUUAGUAAUCCAGUGGAAUUUAUUUUAAAUGAGCAUGAAGAUACAGACUUACUUAAAGAUUUCUCUCAAGGAGGCACAUCAGAAGAUAAACUUCACGUUCUUGCUCAACAGCAAUAUGUACAGCUAACACAUGCAAUGAAAUUCACUAAAGCUCAAGCAGUUGUUUACUGCACAUGUUCAGUUUAUCCAGAAGAAAACGAAGCUGUCAUUAAGAAAGCACUGGAAUUUCAAGACCAUGGGACCAAAGUACAACCUUACAGGCUGAGUCCUCCGGUCCUUCCUCUGUGCUCCUUACAGGACAUACACUUGACUACUGAUACAUUUUUCAGAAUGGAACCAUCUGAAAUUACCAAUGGUUGUUUUCUUUCUGUUCUGACAAGGGAGCGGGACCCGUCUGAGACAGUCUCUGUGAAAGAUGUUUUGGCCCGAGCUGCAGCAAAGGGUCUACUGGAGGGGAUUGAGUUGGGUAAAUCUUCAAAACGGGAGAAGAAGAAGAAAAAAUCAAGAACAUUAUUGCAAAAAGCUUCUGCUACUGACAGUAACGGUAUUCAAGCUAAAAUUGCUGAGUUCCUGAAUCGAGAAACUAAUGCAAGUGCUAACUGGUCACAGCCUUCAACAACGAAACCCUGUCUUCCCCAAAAAAGCACAAUUCAAGUGGGUUCUUCCACACAGGUCAGAAGACCCAGCAAGACUGCCACCAACCCCUUGGUGCCUACACUUCUGAAGAGCACAUCUCCCUCCAGAACGUACGGACGCCCCACAAACUUCGCAAGGCCUCGCCAAGAAGACAGGAUGGUGGUGCUGAAACCCGUAGAGAUUGUUUUGCCUCCAGUAACGUUCCCAUUUUCAACUCCCCAAGGGAUCAGACCUCAGAUGCCAAGUCAGCAUUUUUACUGUCGUUGGGUUGGACCCAAGAUUGUUGUGCCUGGCUACCUUUCUGUGCCGUCAAUAUCCAAAAAAGGGGAGAAGCCUAAAGAAAACUUACCUUCCUCCCUCCUCAGACAUCGUCGGCCGUGGCUUUGA